AAAAGGGAGUUCGAAUGAUCAACCCUUACAAAAUGUUAGAAUUCUACAGUCAUGGAAUUGAGUUUCAAAAAAAGGUGCUAUGGAUUUGUGGGAAAAUUCUUACGAUAAUCGCUUCUGUCUCCUCCCUCUGUGACGUCACGACACAGGAAAUUUCUGCCGAUACCAGCUGGAGAUCCUUCACAUCCGUCGGAUUUAACGGAGGGAGCGGAUCCUACAUUAAUAACAUGGAUUGUUGGUGGCGGAUUGACUCAGGAGCGGAUGACCUUCGCCUUUUGUUAUUUCUGACCUUGGAUACUGCGUGUCCCGGCGAUAAAGUUUAUAUUUACGAUGGAAAUUCAGCAGCAGCCACUGCCCUUGCAAAUAACAAGUGUGGAACACCGGCCACGCCUUCACACUAUUCGACGACUCAGCGAUUCGCCUAUCUUCGAAUGGUAACCGACGCAAGCGUGCAGAGGGCUGGGUUCAAGAUGGAUUUUAUUGCUGCCCAAGAUUACUCCGGAACCGGAUGUACGUCGACGCAGUCCUUGUCCGCAGGAGAUAACGUACAAUUCCUUUCUAGCCCGAAUUUCCCUGGCCUAUAUAACAAUGGUAAAAGUUGUCGCUGGGUGAUUACGAGCGCCACCGGAAAUGUUGAUCUUGACGUCAUGUUUUCAGACAUUGAGGACGAUCUUCCAACUGCGUGUAACUAUGAUAAAUACUACAUUAAUGAUGGAAAUGAUCGAUGCGAUAAUAAUGCAGUAAGAACUGUGUGCUCUCAGUACCCAAAGGUCGCGCCCUUCACCUUUACGUCUUCAGGGUCAUCUGUUGUGGUAUCGUUCUUUAGUGACAAUACUGUAGGACGCCAUGGUUUUCUUAUUAAAUACAAAUCGAAUGUGACGGAGACAACGACUACUGCGGAACAGACAACGGAACUGAGCUCAACUCAGACAGCAACCCCGAACCAUGCAAAGGUCACAAAAGAUUCAGACAGGUGCAUGGAUGUUAGACUCGUGAUUGGCAUUGUAUUUGGGUCUUUGGUCACGGUAAUCUUCUCCUGUACUCUUGUUAUACUGAUGUUAGUACGAAGUCACAAUUUACAGAAGAAGGCAAUAAAGCCAGACGAUUGAUUAGUACUUCCUUGGAUCAAAGUUAUUUAUUAGCUUUUUAACUGUCAUGUGUACUCAUUUUUAGUUAAGAUUGCAUAAGAUGUUUCUUUUUCCAUGACGCUUAUCACAGAAAAUUUAAGAGCAAGGAUGACUCGGUAGGGAAUUUCUUUACUCGUAUUAAACACUAUAAAGGAGUGCAUGUAAACAUCGGAAGACAAUGUAUAAAUACUUGUAAUGUUUACUCAGCAGAUCCUGUAAAUUGAUACCUGUAUUUAAAGGUAAAAAAUACGCCUAUUAGAACGGGUGCAUACAUUGUAUCGGUCGUGUAUCGGCUUGAUUAUUGAGAAGUGAUACAAGUACAAGCCCCUGAAUAAUUUUUCAUUCGACUCAAAAUCCUGAAUA